AUGAUAAAGCCAUAUAAACAUAAUAAAAAUGAUCCAGAGCCGAGGAACACACGUUAUGUGGACAAAUGGGAUUAUAAACAUGUGAGAAUGCCUUGCUCGCCAAAAAAUAUCAAAAGAGAUGGCACACCACGUUGGCCUAUUAUAUGUUUUGAAUUAACCAAAUUACAAAGUCUAUGUGAAAUAAAAUCUGUAAAAGCGAAAGAUAUUCAGAACGCCAUUGAACGUUGUACGGGUCGUGAUUGGGAAAUUCGAUGUCUUGAGUACCUUUUGGAUCAUAUUUACUCAGAAGAUGAUAAAAAUCAUUUUUUAUUUACUGUUUUGCCCAAUAUAAUUAGAUUGGUAUUAAAUGUUGAUAACAUUUGUGGCCAACCACCUCCAUUAUUGAAAAUUGGUUCAAAUCAAACAGUAACAAUGUCACAAUUACAAUGUGCAUCAUUAUUAUCGUGUGCAUUUUUUUGUCUAUUUCCCCGACGUCAAGAACAACAUGGAACCGAAUAUGAAAGAUAUCAGAAUCCAAAUUUCAAUACCAUGUUUUUUGGUUCUCGUCAUGGUCCAAGUUCAACGAAAUUAGAAAAAUUAAGAUCACUUUUACAUUAUUUUACUCGUAUUACAGAACUAAUGCCUGUUGGUGUCUUAUCGUUUAGUCGCUAUUGUCUACCGGAAAAUGGCAUACCAGACUGGAAUAAAUCAAAAAAUACAAUGUGCAAAUUACAUUUAACGAAAAAUAAAUCUAUCGAAGAUAUGCAUGGAUUCAUUCAAGUCGAUUUUGCAAAUGAAUACAUUGGCGGUGGUGUUAUGGAUAACGGAUGUGUUCAGGAAGAAAUACGUUUUAUUAUAUAUCCAGAAAUGCUCAUUUCAUUAUUACUAUGUGAAGUUAUGGCUGAUCGAGAAUGUAUAUCUUUUAUUGGUUGUGAACGUUUCAGUUCUUAUAAAGGCUAUUCGACAACGUACGAAUGGAAUGGUACUUAUAAUGAUACAACAUCGAGGGAUAAUUGGGGACGUCGUUUAUGUCAUGUUGUGGCAAUAGACGCCAUACGUUUUAGUGAUCCAAGAGAACAAUGGAAGGAAAAAUGGUGUCGUCGAGAAUUAUUAAAAGCCUAUGCAGGUUUUCGAGUUUCUGAUAUGGAAAAACAUAUACUUAAUGGAAAUAUAGUGGGUAUAGCUACUGGAAAUUGGGGUUGUGGCGCAUUUCGUGGCGAUAAACAACUGAAAGCCCUAAUUCAGUUGAUGGCUGCAUCGCAAGCUGAACGUCCAUUGAUUUAUUGUACACGUUCUGAUAGUAAUUUUUUAAAUAAGUUCGGUCUGCUAUAUGAUUGUUUAACGCGGAAUAAUGUAGAAGUGAAUGAUUUAUUCAAAUAUUUGAUUGAAUAUUCAAACGGUGUUAGGGAUAAAGAUCUAUUCGAUCAUAUAUUACUUAAAGUACCAGUGAUUCAAUAA